AUGCCUCUUGUGAAAAGAAAUCCUAAACAUGGCUCUUAUCAAGUUUCGGUGACAAUUCUCGAAGCAAGACAUUUGCAGCAAAACAUUAAUCCCUUGGUCAUUGUAAAAGUCGGCAAUCAGAAAAAAAGGACAGUUGUUCGAGAACGUACAGAUAACCCCUUUUAUAAUGAGUAUUUUGUAUUCAACCUAUCAAGUAGUUUUGACGUUUUUCUGAGUACGAAAAUUAUCAUAUCAGUUUAUUUGAGAGGUUGCCUGAAGCGAAUCAAAUUUUACGGUAGCAUUGUUUUCGAAGUCGCUACAGUCUGGGAUCAGCCAGGUCAUGAAUACUAUCACAAAUGGGCUAUGCUCACGAAUCCAAAAGAUCCUCUAGCAGGAGCAAAGGGUUAUGUUAAAUGUAACAUUAAUGUUCAGGCGAGAGGUGAAAAAGUGAAAGUUCAUCCGGAAACUGACGGCGAAGAUGAUAUCGAGGGAAAUUUAUUGCUUCCCUUGGGUGACGGUUUGCAGCCUACAAGACUUAGAGCAAGUUAUAUUUUUAUAAUCUACCGAGUCGAUGGAUUGGCAGACCCAAAAGAUAUAAACCCAUUUGUGCAAAUAUCCUUUGCAGGAAUGAAAGCAGUAACAAGUCAAGGAAAACGCACUUUCGAAUACAGAUUUGAUGAAAAAAUCAUUAUCAAAGAAAUGUUUCCGCCUCUAUUUCAUCGUGUUAGAAUUGCUUUGAAAAAUCGAAUACGUAGUUGCAGUAGCAAUGAAAUUGCUAUUUAUACUUUAAAUCUAAAGGAUAUAUCACAUGCUGGUGAAAAUGGAUUUCUACCUACAUUUGGACCCUCAUUCAUCCACUUUUAUGGCAUUGGAUCAGCCAGAAAAUUUUCCUGCAUAGGAAAUUGUUCGGUACCAUUACCGAUUUAUCGCGGUAGAUUGCUACUUUCAUUGAAAACGGAAAUCGACGAUCCAGAAUCAUCUGGAGCCACUGGGGUUGAAAUUGAACCUGCAACAUCUAUUAAAGAAAAAAAUUUCUGGAAUACCGAGCAAUAUCUUUUGGUUGGUAUAAUCUACGACGUUUGCAUGAUAGAUCGAAUUCGAUUCAAGUCAAAAUUUAUUAGCUUCGAAAUCAAUCUAGGAAAUUCAGGAAACCAACAAUUUUCUCAUGAACGAUGCAUUUUAAAUGAAAGUGAUGAAUCCGAAGAGGAAGAAACAAUGGAAACAAAUCUGGCAUACGAGAGUCGUACUCAACCGAGAGGAACUGGUACAAUGGAUGGAAAAUAUAAUUACAUGCCCCUAGGCUCAAGUAAACCCUGCAUUUAUGUUAAAUCAUGUUGGCCAAAUGUCGAAUGGCGAACAAUCAACAGUAACGUUCUUUCCUUCGUUGCCAAAUUUCUCGCAAGUAUCAAAGAGGUGGAGCUGGAAAAACUAGAGACUUUAAUUGCAGUGGAGCAUGAAAGCGCUUGCGUAAAAUACAAUGAGUUGAUUAAAUCCUUAAAGCAGUAUUGUUUGCACUAUCUACAUUUACUGGAUACAGGCAGAUACGAGGACGAAGGUGGUACAACUAGGCUCGACAAGCACCGCGUCAACUUAUGUCGCGAGGAAAUAAAAUACAUUUUAAAAAUCAUUAAAAUCAACGGGCAACUCGUCAACAAUAAUUACAUAAAUAUCGCCCUAACACAUGCCUAUCAGUUUCUCAAAAUAAUUCGAGAUCUCUGCAAUGAUCCACAACAUAAUAUGCCGGAUAUAUUUAUUUGGAUGUUGGUGGGAUCAAAGCGCGUGGCGUACGCUCGAUUAUCAGCGGCACAAAUCAUUUACACCGACGAGAAUUUAGCACGUGGUCCAGAAUGUGGAAAGUGCAUAAAUUUAUUCAUGAAAAAUGUUGAAGACGAAAGCGAUUCUCCAGAUUAUAACGCUUGUAAAAUGGAAAUAUUUUUAUGGUUGGGAAACAUGAGAUUCGUUGAACAUUGCUGGAGUGCAAUACCGCCAGGUUACGAGCUCGAUCAACAAUUGAACCUUGACACGUUUCCAGGAUUUUUCAAAUACAACGAGUCAUCGAAAUUCCAGUUACGAGCUCACAUAUUUCAAGGGCACUUUGAACCCGGAAUGGACACCUCGGGCUUAUUGGAUCCAUUGGUGCGAGUUUUAUUUUACGGCUACACCUUGACGUCGACAGUUAUUAAACAAAGCCUCGACCCUUUCUGGGAUCAAACACUCAUUUUCCCUCCUGUCGAGUUGUACGGAACGAGAGAUCACUUGAAAAUGUUCCCUCCGAAAAUCAUAUUGGAAAUUUUCGACAAGGAUUUUUGUCAUUCGAUAGAAUUUUGCGGUAGAUGCAUUGCAAGCCCGGUAGUAAAACUCAACUCGGAAACAUAUUCGCCACCCAAUUUUCCGCCCACUUUGCAAUGGUACAAAUUUCACUCCCAAAGGGAAUGUAGCGGCGAGGUUUUAGCAGCUUUUGAACUCAUUGAGGUGGGAAAUGAGGAUGUCGUAGAUUUACCUUUAAACACGUCCACAAACAACAAGAUUUAUAAAGUGCCCGAUUACAUACGACCAAAAAUGACAAAUUAUCGUUUAGAAGUGAUAAUCUGGGGUGUUCGCGACAUGAAGAAAAUUAAUUUUGUACCCGUUUAUAAACCAAGAAUAAUUAUUGAAUGCUCCGGUGUGUAUGUAAAAUCCAAUGUAAUGGAGAAUGCAAAGAAGUUUUCAAAUUACGAGAAUAAUCAUUUUGUCACUGACUUGGAUAUGCCGAUAGAAAGUGUUUAUUGCCCAGCAAUUACAAUAAAAGCCUAUGACUCACGAGGUUUUGGAUGUUUUAAAUACGCCGGAAUUUGCAUUAUUCCAACUGCUCAUAAAUUUAUUGAGGAAUUAAUUACCCAAGUGGAUUAUGAUUGUCAAAUACACGAAAUAAAGGUAACGAUUCCUGAAAAUUACGAUCCAGCGGAUGAGGAAACGGUGUGCUUGAUAAAUUAUAAUAAAUUGUCUGGCCAGGACUUUAAUUCAAAAAUAACACGACUUUUUGAAUCGAUAAAACGUUUUAGAAAACGCACAUCUUCGAAGAAUAAAAGAAAAGAGGUGUACGAGCUGGAUAAGGAUGAAACACAUGAUUGGUGGAGCAAAUAUUACGCUUCUCUCGAGGAGGAAAGAAAUCGAGAACUUGGAAUAGUGAAAAAUCUUCUUCCAGGCCAAAAACCAGUUCCUACAUUUAAGAUUUAUUCCACCGAAUUAGAAAUGGAACCAAAGUUCACGAAAUUUCAAGACAGACUACGAACUUUUGAAUUAUGGAGGGGCAAAAGAACUGGUGAUACAAUUCAAGACGAGAAGAAUUUCGCUGGGAAAUUUAAGGGAUUUAUAGCAUUAUAUCAAUGGCCUCAUCCUGAACAAUUGCUAUGCAAAUCAAGAACAGGUAGAAAUGCAAUCGAUGGUCUGUACAACGAUUAUCCUUCACAAGAACCGCUUCAACUGCUUGUGCGGUUGUACAUUAUAAAAGGAAUUAAUUUACAUCCUAAUGAUCCGCUCAGUGGAAAAUCUGAUCCCUAUCUACGGAUUAAAUUGGGAAAAAAUUCAAUUAACGAUCGAAAAAACUAUAUUUCUAACAAUUUGAAUCCAACAUUUGGCAAAUUUUUUGAAAUGGAGGCAACGUUUCCAAAGGAUUACCUUUUGACAAUACAGGUUUGGGACUAUGAUGCAACGACGCCAGAUGAUUUGAUUGGAGAAACAAAAGUUGACAUCGAGAAUCGAUUUUAUAGCCGACAUCGAGCGCAUUGCGGAAUCGCGAGGACAUAUAAUACAACUGGAUACAAUGCAUGGCGAGAUAGGGAAAAACCAACUCAGAUAUUGAACUUUUUAUGCCAAAGGAACAAUCUUCCUUUGCCCGACUAUCAGGAUGAUUGUGUCAAGAUUGGAAAACGAAAAUUUUCUUUUACUGCAAUUGUCACUAACGAGGACGAAAGAGAAGAAUGUAUGGCUUUAAAUGUCCUUCAUCACUGGGAAGAGUUUCCUAUCUGUGGCUGUGCUUUAGUGCCCGAGCAUGUUGAAAGACGACCACUUUUCAACCACACAAAACCAGGACUGGAACAGGGAAAGUUGGAAAUGUGGAUAGACAUGUUUCCGAUGAGCGAGCUUCCGCCAAAACCGCCGAUUGAUAUCACGCCUCAAGCACCGGAAGAUUUCGAACUUCGUGUGAUAAUUUGGAAUACGGAGAACGUUCCCCUAGUUGAUAAUCAAUUCCUUACUGGCGAAAAGUGUUCUGAUAUCUACGUCAAAGGUUGGAUUCUAUCCGAAGAUAUUCAAAAGACAGACGUACACUAUAAUUCGUUGACGGGAGAGGGAAAUUUCAACUGGAGAUUCAUAUUUCAUCUUACUUAUUUAAGAGGCGAGCGUUUAAUGAUUAUCCAGAAGAAAAUGUCUGCUUUCGCUCGAGAUGAAACGGAAGUGAAACUACCAUGUAGAUUGAAUCUCCAGGUUUGGGACAGCGACCACUUUUCCUCAGAUGACUUUUUAGGUUCACUAAGUUUGGAUCUAGCGAAAAUACCAAGGGGAAGUCCUAACUCAAAAAGUUGUACAUUAAAGCUUUUGGAUCCUUCAUCGCCUACUAUUAAUUUAUUCGAGAUUAUGAAAACCAAAGCCUGGUGGCCCUUCAGAUCAACUGACGAGACUGGAAAAUACGUACCAGCUGGUAAAGUAGAAAUGGAAAUGAUACUGGUUCCCAUCGUUGAAGCUGAAGAGCAACCGGCAGGAAAAGGAAGAAAUUCUCCUGAAGCACUACCUCCACCAGAUCGACCUGAUACGUCUUUUUCAUGGUUUCGAAAUCCGUGGAAAGCUUUUUGCUUUGUGGUUUGCCGCCAUUACAAGUGGAAGAUUUUUUGCUGCAUUGGUGUUCUUCUACUUAUUUUUCUCGCGGCUUGCGGUAUCUACGCCUUCCCUGGAUAUUUCGUCAAGCGUCUUUUGGGAGCAUGA